AUAUAACCCAACAAACAAUUCACAUCUCAACUUCCAUUCAAUUCAAUUCAAUUUCGCUCUCAAUUCCUCCAAACAUUCACCUCUUCUACCACCCCAUUUCAACAAUUCAUCCCCUACUCAACUGCGCUUCAAUUCUACUUUCCAUUCAACAAACCCCACAAAAUCCCAGCUCGAAUCGGAUGUCAACUCGACCAAUUCAUCUCUAAAGACUUCAUCUUUGUUGAAAUCUUGUUAAUGCCGCGGCGAUCGAGAUUCAGCUGCUGACUUCUUCAAGUUUCGAGUCGCCAUGGAUGAGGAGAAUGAAAUCGAACUGUUGCAAAGAUUUCGGCGGGAUAGGAGAGUACUCAUAGAUUUCAUACUCUCCAGUAGCUUGAUAAAGAAGGUGGUUAUGCCUCCUGGUGCAGUGUCUUUAGACGAUGUCGAUCUCGAUCAAGUCAGUGUCGAUUAUGUCCUCAAUUGUGCCAAGAAAGGUGAUAUGCUCGAACUGUCGGAAGCUAUUCGUGAUUACCAUGACGGCACUUGCUUCCCCACCGUUAAUAGUGCAGGUUCCUCGGAUGAAUUCUUUCUAGUGACGAACCCUGAAUCUUCAGGUUCUCCUCCUCGAAGGGCACCUCCACCUGUCUCUGUUGGGAUUCCAACUACAAUUUUUUCGAGCCUUUCGGCUUCGGAGCCUAUGGAGAGUGAACAAGUCGAUGAAUCGGCGAGCUUUUCAAAGUCGCAGUCUCUUAAGUCUGCGCAAGUUAACGAGCUAACAGUUGAUGACAUUGAUGAUUUUGAGGAUGAUUUUCUGCACGAGGAUGAAAGCCGUAGAUAUUCCAGAAGGGUUCUGAAUGAUGCAUCUGAUGUUGUUUUGGAAUUGCCUUCAUUUGCUACUGGUGUAACCGAUGACGAUCUCCGUGAAACUGCAUAUGAAGUCCUCCUUGCUGCUGCUGGAGCUUCUGGAGGACUUAUUGUUCCAUCAAAGGAAAAAAAGAAAGAGAAGAAGUCUGGAUUGAUGAAGAAGCUAGGGAGAACUAAAAGUGAAAGUGUAGUCAUGCAAUCUCAGAAUUCACAUGGUUUAGUUAGACUGUUGGAGACGAUGCGUGUUCAGAUGGAGAUUUCGGAGGAAAUGGACAUUAGAACGAGAAGGGCACUUCUAAGUGGCAUGGUUGGAAAAGUUGGGAAAAGGAUGGAUACUCUAUUGAUUCCUUUGGAGUUAUUAUGUUGCAUAUCACGUACAGAGUUUUCAGACAAGAAAUCUUAUAUCAAAUGGCAAAAGAGACAAUUAAAUAUGUUGGAGGAAGGCCUUGUAAAUCAUCCCGUUGUAGGAUUUGGAGAAUCUGGAAGAAAAGCAAGUGAGUUGAGGGUUCUUCUAGCAAAGAUUGAAGAGUCUGAGUCUCUUCCAUCAGGUACAGGUGAUCUUCAACGAACCGAUUGUUUGAGAUCUCUAAGGGAUAUUGCUAUUCCGCUUGCAGAGAGGCCUGCACGAGGCGAUUUAACCGGUGAAAUAUGCCACUGGGCUGAUGGUUAUCACUUAAAUGUUCGAUUAUAUGAGAAAUUACUGCUUAGUGUCUUUGAUGUUUUGGAUGAGGGCAAGCUUACAGAGGAAGUGGAUGAAAUGUUGGAGCUUUUUAAGUCAACAUGGCGUAUUUUAGGAAUAACAGAAACAAUCCAUUACACUUGCUAUGCAUGGGUGUUAUUUCGUCAGUUUAUUAUCACUGGUGAGCAAGAUAUACUGCAACAUGCCAUUUACCAGUUGAAGAGAAUACCUUUAAAGGAGCAAAGGGGCCCACAGGAGAGAUUGCACUUGAAAAGCUUGACUUGUAGCAUUCAGAGCGAGAAGGGUUUUCAGGAGUUGACUUUCUUGCAGUCGUUUUUGUUACCUAUUCAAAAAUGGGCUGACACAAGGCUGAGUGAUUACCAUCUCCAUUUCUCUGAGGGAUCUAAAAUGAUGGAGAAUGGAUUACUUGUUGCCAUGGUUGCUCGGAGGCUUCUUCUUGAAGAACCAGAGUUGGCAAUGCAGGCUGCGCCUCUCACAGAUACAGAGCAAAUAGAAAAAUACGUGUCAUCGUCAAUUAAGCAUGCAUUUGCCAGGAUUAUAGAGGAUGUUGAAACAUUGGUUGACUCAACAAACGAACACCCCCUAGCAUUACUUGCUGAAGAAACAAGGAAGUUUUUGAAAAAAGACACAACCAUGCAUUUGCCUAUACUAACACAGCGACAUCCCAAUGCCGGUGCUGUUCUAGCAUCUCUUGUUCACAAGCUUUAUGGCAUCAAACUGAAACCAUUCCUCGAUAGCGCCGAACAUCUUACGGAGGAUGUUGUAUCUGUAUUUCCAGCUGCUGAUAGUCUUGAGCAAAAUUUAAUAUCCGUAAUAACAUCUACCUGUGAAGAGGGAAGUGCAGAUUCUUACCUGAAGAAACUAAACUUGUACAAGAUUGAGAUAGUAUCUGGAACAUUGGUGCUCCGUUGGGUCAAUUCACAACUUGCAAGAAUUUCAGCUUGGGUUGAACGAGUUAUUCAGCAGGAGAAUUGGGCCCCAGUCUCAGCUCAGCAAAGGCAUGGAAGUUCAAUCGUUGAGGUCUACAGGAUUGUUGAGGAGACAGUUGAUCAAUUCUUUGCUCUUAAAGUUCCGAUGAGGCCUGGAGAACUGAGCAGCCUCUUUCGUGGCAUUGACAAUGCAUUUCAAGUAUAUACCAGACAUGUUCUUGACAGCUUAGCUGACAAGGAAGACAUAAUUCCACCUGUCCCGCCUCUUACACGGUACAGGAAAGAAAGUGGAAUUAAAGCUUUUGUAAAGAAAGAACUAACUGAUUCAAGACUGCCCGAUGUUAGAAAGUCAACCGAUAUCAAUGUUUUGACGACACCUACACUUUGCGUUCAACUCAAUACCCUUUUUUAUGCGAUCAGCCAACUUAAUAUAUUGGAAGAUAGCAUUUCCGGGCGAUGGACUAAAAAGUAUCACGCUCACUCGACAAAAAGACCCACCGAAGAUAACCUGAGAAAUUCCAUCCAAAAGGACAGUUUUGAUGGCAGUAGAAAAGAUAUUAAUGCAGCCAUUGAUCAAAUCUGCGAAUUUGCCGGAACUAAAACAAUAUUUUGGGAUUUGAGAGAGGUGUUCAUCGAUGGUCUGUAUAAGCCAAGUGUUCAUCAGUCUAGGUUGGAAACUCUGAUCGAUCCUCUUGACGUGGUACUUAACCAGUUAUGUGAUUUGAUAGUAGAGCCACUUAGAGAUCGUGUUGUAACGGGACUCCUUCAAGCAUCACUGGAUGGCUUAAUCCGCGUAGUAUUAGACGGAGGUCCAUCACGUCUUUUCACUCCGGCAGAUGCUAAGCUACUUGAAGAAGACUUGGAGGUUCUAAAGGAGUUCUUUAUCUCUGGAGGAGAUGGGCUCCCUCGUGGUGUUGUGGAAAACCAAGUAGCACGCAUUCGCCAGAUCAUUAAGUUGCAGAGCUACGAGAGUCGGGAAUUGAUCGAGGACUUGAAAUCGGCAAGUGAGAUGGAAAUGCAGGGCGGGAGGGGUAGAUUGGGCGCAGAUGCAAAGACUCUUAUAAGGAUUUUAUGCCAUAGGAGUGAUUCAGAGGCUUCCCAGUUCCUCAAGAAACAGUACAAAAUCCCUAAAUCUGCAUCUUAGUCAAAGAUUCAAUCUUUCAAUCUGUUUUUUUUUUCCCUUUGUAUUUGUAUUCUUUCUCCGUAGUUUGUUCGAAUCAUUUGAUUAUUCCCUUGAGUUUGAAGAUUUUGUAUCUAGCAAAUAAAUAUUGAGGUUGUAACACUAUGAAUUUGGGA